AUGACGGUUUCUCUAUCACAGGACAACAUAACAAAAAAUUGGUGGGUGAUUAUCAACGAUAAAAACAUUGGAUAUUUUCCAGCAGUUUUAUUCUCCAACUUGAAUUCAGCUUCUCUAUUGGGAUGGGGUGGAAAAACAACUACUCCACAUGGAACUCCUAGUCCUCCAAUGGGAUCAGGACAAUUUCCUGAUGAUCACUUUUCUCAUGCAUGUUAUUAUAAGCAUAUUUCAUUUCAGGAUGAAUCUAGAGAACACUACAAACCAUAUGAUUACUUGAUACGUACAUUCAUAGACAAACCUAAUUGCUUUGGCGCUAAAUAUUAUGGGGAUCAAGAAGGGGAAGUUGAAUAUUCUCUCCUAUUUGGUGGACCUGGUGGUGAAUGUGGAGAUUGA